AUGACCACCCAAACUAUGAAAGAUGAUCCUACGGAAUUGGAUAGUCCAAAUUCUAACACAUAUGAUGCUUCGGCCGUAAUCAAAUCUUUUGUUAAAGAGGCUUCUGAACAGGGCAUUCAUCUCCGUAAGGCAGGUGUCACCAUGGAAUGUGUUUCAGUAGAAGGUCUGGAUUCUAGGUUUUUGGAAGGGCAAACAUUUGGUGAUAUUUUGUGUUUACCAUGGACAAUUAUUAAAGGCGUCCGUGAACGUAGGAAUCGCAAAAAGAUGAUAAUGAUUCUGAAAAGCGUUAGUCUGUUGGCUAAACCAGGGGAGAUGGUCCUUGUUCUAGGAAGACCGGGCGCCGGCUGCUCUUCCUUUUUAAAAAGUGCAGCUGGCGAGACUAGUCAAUUUGCUGGUGGUGUAGCAACAGGUGCCAUAUCAUAUGACGGUAUCCCUCAGAAGGAAAUGAUGCGGCAUUACAAGUCAGAUGUGAUUUAUAAUGGGGAACAAGACGUCCAUUUCCCGCAUUUGACUGUAAAACAGACUCUGGAUUUUGCUAUCGGCUGUAAGAUGCCUGCGAAGAGAGUCAAUGAUGUCACAAGGGAAGAAUAUGUUGCCACCACUAGAGAAUUCUAUGCGAAAAUUUUUGGCUUAACGCACACUUAUGAUACAAAAGUCGGUAACGAUUUUAUUAGCGGCGUAUCUGGAGGUGAACGAAAACGUGUUUCCAUUGCUGAAGCAUUAGCGGCGAGAGGUUCGAUCUACUGCUGGGAUAAUGCUACGAGAGGUCUUGACGCCUCUACGGCACUAGAGUUUGCGCAGGCCAUUCGUACUAUGGGCAAACUGCUGGGACUAACAACUCUAGUUACUAUUUACCAGGCCAGUGAAAACAUUUAUGAAACAUUUGAUAAAGUAACUGUCUUAUAUGCUGGCAGACAAGUAUUCUACGGCAAAGCUACCGAGGCCAAGAAUUAUUUUGAAAGCAUGGGCUACUUGUGCCCACCAAGACAAUCUACCGCUGAAUAUUUGACCGCCAUCACUGAUCCUAACGGUCUGCACGAAAUAAAGCCCGGCCUUAGGGACCAAGUACCUCAUACCGCUGAGGAAUUUGAGAAAUACUGGCUCAAUUCCCCAGAGUAUGCCUGCUUGCAGCGCGAGAUCCAGAAGUCCAAACAUGAAGUAAAUGCUGAGAAGACCAAAAAAGCAUACAAUGAGUCUAUGGCACAGGAAAAAUCGAAAGGCGCAAGAAAAUACUCUUACUACACCAUAUCUUACUGGGAGCAAGUUAGACUUUGUACCAUUAGAGGUUUUCAGAGAAUUUACGGCGAUAGGUCAUACACUGUGAUUAACACAUGCGCUGCGAUAGCACAGGCAUUUAUCACAGGGUCACUAUUUUAUCAAUCACCUCCCUCCACUCUGGGCGCGUUCUCUAGAAGUGGUGUCCUCUUUUUUUCCCUGUUGUAUUAUUCUUUGAUGGGCCUAGCUAAUAUUAGUUUUGAGCAUAGACCCAUAUUGCAAAAGCACAAGGUAUACUCCCUCUACCAUCCCUCGGCAGAGGCAUUGGCAAGUACAAUAUCCUCAUUCCCAUUCAGAAUGAUUGGUCUAACCCUCUUCAUAAUCAUUCUGUACUUCUUGGCCGGUCUACACAGGAGCGCCGGAACCUUCUUUACUCUGUAUUUGUUUUUGACAAUGUGUUCGGAAGCUAUUACAAGUUUGUUUCAAAUGAUUUCCUCUCUCUGUGACACAUUGUCACAGGCCAACUCGAUUGCUGGUGUUGUGAUGUUGUCUAUUGCCAUGUAUUCGACGUACAUGGUACAACUACCUUCAAUGCACCCGUGGUUCAAGUGGAUUUCGUACAUUCUUCCCAUCAGAUAUGCUUUUGAAUCGAUGCUGAACGCAGAAUUUCAUGGAAGGCAUAUGGAUUGUGGGGGUACCUUGGUUCCUUCCGGACCUGGUUUUGAAAAUGUAUUACCUGAAAAUCAAGUGUGUGCUUUUAUUGGUUCCAGGCCUGGUCAAUCUUGGGUUCUUGGCGACGAUUAUUUAAGGGCCCAAUAUCAAUAUGAGUAUAGCAACACUUGGAGAAACUUCGGGAUUAUGUGGUGUUUCUUGAUUGGCUACAUCAUUUUGAGGGCACUGUUCACUGAGUACAAAAGUCCGGUUAAAAGUGGAGGUGAUGCUCUAGUUUUCAAGAAGAAUGCAAAGAAUGCCCCACAAAAAUCAUGGAGCGACAAAAAUGAUGAAGAAAACCUUAGCACGUCUAUAGCAACCCAAGAUAUGAAGGAUGUAGCUUCGAGUAACGGCGAUAGCACAUAUUCAGAAUUCGACGGGUUGGAGUCUACCGGAGUGUUUAUCUGGAGAAACGUUACUCUCACGGUGCAGCAUUCCAACGGGAAACGUAAACUUUUGGACAACGUAAGCGGUUACUGUGUUCCAGGCACUUUGACCGCGUUGAUAGGUGAGUCCGGUGCUGGUAAAACCACUUUAUUGAACACCUUGGCCCAAAGGAACGUGGGGACGAUCACCGGUGAUAUGUUGGUUAAUGGCCUGCCAAUUGACGCAAGUUUUGCACGGCGUACUGGCUACGUACAGCAGCAGGAUAUUCAUAUUGCAGAACUAACUGUCAGAGAAUCUUUGCAAUUUAGUGCCCGCAUGCGGCGGCCACAAUCUAUACCUGACACUGAAAAGAUGGAGUACGUUGAAAAGAUUAUAUCUAUUCUUGAAAUGCAGGAGUUUUCGGAAGCUCUUGUGGGUGAGAUUGGUCACGGUUUGAAUGUUGAACAAAGAAAGAAGCUAUCAAUUGGAGUCGAGCUUGUCGGUAAGCCUGAUUUAUUAUUGUUUUUGGACGAACCAACAUCUGGGUUGGAUUCGCAAUCUGCGUGGGCUGUUAUCAAGGUGUUAAAAAGAUUGGCCCGAUCAGGCCAGUCGAUUUUGUGUACUAUACACCAACCAUCUGCUACUCUUUUUGAACAGUUUGACUGGUUAUUGCUUUUAGGAAAAGGUGGUCGAACAAUUUAUUUUGGUGGAAUAGGUGAAAACUCAAGCUCUGUUGUGGAGUAUUUUGAAAAGAAUGGUGCUAGGAAAUGCAAAAACAACGAGAACCCCGCUGAGUAUAUUCUAGAGGCCAUUGGUGCUGGUGCCAGCACUACUGUUCAACAGGACUGGUCUACUAUAUGGCAGGCCUCCUGCGGGAAUGCAAACGUCUGCAAAAAAAUAAGCACUAUGAUCAAAGAUUUGUCCUCUUCGAAAUCAAAGAAGGUAGCCGUAAAACUCUCCAAGUAUGCAACAUCGUAUUCCUACCAGUUCUGGUAUGUCCUCCGCAGAUCUAGUCUGACUUUCUGGAGGAACCUGAACUAUGUCAUGGCCAAGAUGAUGCUGUUGAUAGUUAGUGGUUUGUUCAUCGGCUUUACGUUUUUCCAUGUGGGCGCCAACGUUAUUGGGUUGCAAAAUACAUUGUUUGCCUGUUUUAUGGCCAUCGUUAUAUCAGCCCCGGCAACAAAUCAGAUCCAGGAACGCGCUACUGCGGCUAAGGAACUAUACGAAGUUCGAGAGUCUAAAUCUAACAUGUUCCACUGGUCUUUACUUCUGAUCACUCACUAUUUAAAUGAAUUGCCUUACCAUUUACUCUUUUCAACUAUUUUUUUCGUUUCGUUGUAUUUUCCUCUGGGAAUAUUUUUCGAGGUCUCUAGAUCUGGUGUCUUCUAUCUGAACUAUGCCAUACUCUUCCAGCUGUACUAUAUCGGUCUUGCUUUGAUGGUUCUGUACAUGUCUCCAAAUCUACAGUCUGCAAAUGUCAUCAUAGGUUUUGUGCUUUCGUUCUUGCUCUCCUUCUGCGGUGCCGUUCAACCUUCCUUCCUCAUGCCUGGAUUCUGGACAUUUAUGUGGAAGCUGUCCCCUUACACGUAUUUUUUGCAAAAUUUCAUUGGCUUACUGAUGCAUGACACACCGGUAAUAUGUUCAGAGAAGGAGCUCUCUGUUUUCAAUCCUCCUAUAGGCCAAACAUGUGGGGAAUUCACCAAACCGUUUUUCGAGCUUGGGACUGGAUAUAUUGCAAACCCAGACGCUACCUCCGAUUGUGCGUACUGCCAGUUCAAAGUGGGAGACGAAUACUUGGCUCGCAUAAAUGCAAGCUUCAGUUAUCUAUGGAGAAACUUUGGCUUAAUUUGGGCUUAUAUCGCUUUCAAUAUCUUUGGUAUGAUUGCAGUUUACUAUGUCUUUCAAGUCAGGCAUUUUUCCCUUAUGAAGAUUGGCUUUGUGAAAAGGAUAGUAUUUGAAUUCAAGAGGAAGUGA